CUCCACAGGUAGACCUCCAUCUUCCCAAUGUAACUCACUUGAGCCUGUCAGGUUCUCUCUCUCCUCGUCUGGGCUGGAGUCAUCUCCAAGAGGCAGCAAGGGACAGUCUGUAGUCCUCUCCAGUACAGGCAGAUUUAAACAGCUGAGACUAGAGGCUUGGUCACAACUGCUAUGGUGCGAACACUGUGUUACUUCUGAAACAGGUUCAGAAUGAUGUGUUCCCUGCAAUCCUUUUGGGGGGCCAAUUUGCUCAUCUGUCUGGGACUAUUUCUUCACUGUGGAGAAGCCAGAGUGAACACUGAAGCACAGGCUGGGCCUCUGUAUCGCGUGGUGGGCUCUUCGCUCUACAUAUUCUGCAAUGUGAGUGGCUUCGCCAGUGCCAGUACUAGAAAAGAAUUUGAAUUUCGUAUUACGAAGUCUGCAAAUCUAGCAUUUGAGAUCAACAUCAUCAGCACCAAAGACCAAAACUUUGGCUUUGCCAUGUAUAGUAGCCGUGUGAGGAGCGGCGAAAUUACCUUGAAACAUGUGUCUCCAAACUCAGUCAUCUUUGAGAUACAAAGCCUAGAGAAACGUGAUGAAGGGGAAUAUGACUGUUCUGUAAUCAACCCAGAACAACUUUAUGAUGGAACCUACAAUGCUAAGACAACAGUGAAAGUGAUUGACAACUCCCUAAGUGUUUCAUCACCUGCCUCCGCCUCACUGAGCUAUAAUGAGGGUGAUGCUCUCGCUUUAACAUGCCAAGCCUCCAGCAACACGGUCCAGCAUACCCAUCUGUCUCUUGCCUGGUAUCUCCAUAAAGACGGCGAGGACAACGCUCAGCCUAUUAUUUCUCUGGACAGAGAUUUCACUCUGAUGCCAGGCCAGGGGUUUGAAGGGCGUUACCAAGCUGGACUCAUAAGGUUAGAUAAAAUAGGCGAGGCCACGUACAGGCUUAAGAUAGCUCAGCUAGAGCUGUCAGACCAAGGCAGGAUCUACUGCCAGGCUCAGGAGUGGAGCCAAGAUCCCGACCGCUCCUGGUAUGCUAUUGCACAGAAGAAUGCAGAGGAAAUUAUCCUAAAUGUCAAAGCCAGAGAGGUGGUGCCAGACACGUCGUCUCUGGUGGUGAGAAUCUCGGCACAGCCGACAACUCUGCAGGAGGGGCAGAAGCUAUCAAUAUCCUGCGACAUAAACACAGAGAACCUGGAGGAAAGGUUCUUCUCUGUAGCCUGGCUCAGGGGAAGUGUUGAGAUGGCCCGCAUUGGCCCUACAGGCAUUCUGUCUGCAGGGCCCAAAUACAGCGUGCGAGCGGAAGAAGGAGAGCUCAGAGCAGCCCGAAUAGGGAAAAGAGAUUACAGUCUCAUAUUGCAGCCUGUCAGAACCGAGGACCAAGGAGAGUAUAUCUGUAGGGCAUGGCCUCAGGACAGAGGCCAGGAUGGUGGCUUUACACAGGGAGCAGCCCAGGACUCCAGCCCCCAGCUGGUCAGCAUCUCAGCCACAGAGAGUGGGCUCUCAGUUGAAAUGCAAAACACUCUGAGUGUUAACGAAGGUGACAAGCUGAAGCUCACCUGUAAAGUGCUUGGGGUCCAAGGUCAGCUCUCUGUCACCUGGCAACACAGAUCAGCAUUCACAUCAACGGCCAUCUUCACCAAUGUCAUCAGUCUAAGUCAGGAAGGUGUUAUGGAGAAAUUGGGGGAGUUUUUGAGUCGCAAAGUAAAGGCAAUGCGUCCAGCAACUGACACCUUCACCCUAGAGCUUGAUGAGGUCACACCUUCUGAUUCAGGUGUCUACCAGUGUACUGUGUCUGAAUGGAAAAUCAAUAGCAAGACAAACAGCCAGUCACAGACUACAACUGUGACAGUGGCUCUAAUAGAUUCGUUUGUGAAUUUGAAGCUGAUAAGUCGCAACAACAUAGUGACUGUAGGAGAAAAUGUGGAGUUGAUGUGCCGGGUCAGAGGGCCACAUGUACCAAUAACACUGACUUGGAGCCUGCAGCGUUAUGCCUCAACCCUAGAUAACAUCCUGACACUGUACUCUGAUGGUGCCAUCAGCUGGUCUGGAGACCAGCACCGCUACCAGCUGAAAGUAGAGAACAGACAGAAUGAAGUCGUUCACUAUCUCCUUAUCAACGGUGCAAGCCACAGCGAGGCAGGAAGCUACCAGUGUAGUGUGUCUGUCUUCCUGGAGAAUGUACACAAGAAACUGCCUCCAUCCAACCAGCUGGCUGUGAAUGUGCAGAAGCCAGUGAGUAAGCUCGUUCUCAGCUCCACCGCGGCCUUGACAAGCAAAAUCAACACUGACAUAGAAAUAAAAUGCUCAGUUAUCUCAGAACCCUCUGCGUCCUCUCGCUAUGCUGUCACCUGGUUGCUGCAGCAACAGGCAGAAAAUAAGACCAUUGUAAGCUCGGACCAGGAUGCCCUAGUAACAUUUGGGCUCCAGCUAGAGCUGAGCCACAGACAGCGAAUCAGCAUGAAGCGCACUAAGGGCCCUAGUUUUGAGUUGAGUAUUCGGCAAGCUCGGAUCUCAGACAAAGGAUCAUAUGUAUGUGAGGUGGUGGAGUGGCUACAAGAUCCUCAUGGGGAUUGGUAUGACCUCUCACCAGUGUCCAAAACUACAAUGCUAACAGUCAUUGAGCCUGCCAGUGACCUUCAUUUAGAUAAGAAAGAGCAGCCGCUGUUUGUCAGGGAGGGAGACGAGGUGGAGCUCAAGUGUAACAUGAUCUCAGGUGCACCCAGUCCUUUUUUCUACAAGGUCACUUGGCUCUACACUGGACAUAAUUCUUCUGUCACGAAUGCCCUGGUGGAGCUUGAUCACACGGGCCUGCUGAGUUACCCAGAGAACCAGAGGCUCAGAAGGCUGCAGGGGCGCCUUCAUCUCUCCAGACCCACUCAGAGCACCUUCUACCUAUCAAUUCAGAAGGCCCAUGAGGAGGAUAGUGGGACCUACCAGUGCCAGGUGGAGCAAUACCAGCUGGAUCAUGAAGGCCACUGGCAGCAAAAGGCUUCAGACAGUGCUGGCCCCAUUACGCUGACUGUAAAUGUUGCAGAAAAAAACCUGUCCAUUGUAAAGAAAGAAGUGGAGUUGAAUGUGAGCAGAUCCCAGGAUUUCACUAUCCCCUGUCAUAUCACCAAACAAUCCAGCAAUGAAUCUGAGUUCCAAGUCAUGUGGUUUUGGCAGAAAGAGACAGAAACUAAACAAAGCCCCAUAUUCGCAGCUUACCGAAACUCCACCCUACAAGACAGAUUUGGGAAGGGUGAUCACCUAAGAUUUGGCCACCCUUUGCCCAACCAAUUCAGCCUUACAGUUUUGAAACCAGGUCCUGAAAAUAGUGGCGUGUAUUUCUGUGAGGUAGAAGAGUGGAUCCCAUCUCUGUCUCAUGGGUGGAGGAAGGUUGCAGUGGAAAAGUCAGGAUAUUUUACUGUUAAUGUCUAUGCUGAAGGAGAUGUUAAAGGCGUCUGUGAGUCAGAAUGCAAGUUAGGUACCUGGAUAGGGAUUCUCGUAGCUAUUGUCAUCUGCACACUAUUGGUCAUAUUGCUACUGGUGGUGAAGAUAUGCCGGAGCAAGGGAAAGAAGACAGGCCCAUGUCUGUGGGCAGAGCAACACCCUAUGAACACCAAAUCCAGUGCAGAGGAAUGAAACUCAUAUACCGGAGAGGAGAGGAGAGGAAAAAUGCACUCAGAAUUUUUUUGUGAUAUGUAAAAGUGAUAAUGUUUUAUAAUUUAAAAUGUUGCACUAUGCAUAUUUUUUAUUAAUUUUUAUUCAAAGUUCAAUAAUUUGUGUUUAAAUUAAUCUGUUGAUAAUCUUCCAUUAAAAAAAAAAGUUUAAAUGUUUUACUCUCUAUGCAGCUGGGAAUAAUUUUGCCUUUAUGAAUUAAUGAAAUGAAUUUUGUUGUGGCUUUACACCUACAAAGCAACAUUCUUUUUUAUAUAGCAACAUACCAGGCAGCUUGAUACUGUCUUUGAUGGGUAGUCAAAGCAUUGCAUGUCUAAGGGAGCAGCUAAGCACGAAAUGUUGUCAUUUUUGAAACUUCUCUCUAUAAAAAUGAUUGAUCAGCCAGGAAAUGGUCUGUGGUUGGGUAGAGCAGAAGAUGACUCUGUGGUCUGCAAAUCUGCUGAGAUGUGAGAGUGACGAGCAUUUGCGCAGACUCAGAGAGACACAGCAUUCUUAAAGAGGUUACAUUCAUGCAUUGGAAGUAGAAAUCAGCCAAUGCAACCAUCCCUUUUGCUGUAAUUACUUACUUGACUUGCUAAAGGUUGUCCACUGUUUUUGAUGAUGACCACAUGUCAUUUACAGUGAAACAUUUUUCAUAUUUUUGGCACUAAUCCAGCACAUUGGAUUUAAAAUUAAACAAUUACUACAAGAUUAAAUGUCCGACUUUCAAGGGUGUUUCAGGGUUCUGACAUUCAUAAUGGUUGAACAACGUAGGAAUCGUCACCUCUUAUACAUGGUCCCAUGAUGUAAGACAAUGCAGCAGAUCAAAGAUCCUAAAUACACAGCCAGAGCAUUUUGGGCUAGAGGAAUGGUCUUGAUAGGCCAAGUCAAUACCCUAAAAUCAUCUGAGCAUGUCUUUCAGCAAGUUGAAGGUAAAACCCACCUAAACAAGCAAGAAGUUGCGAUGCCUGCAGUACAGACCUUGUAGAGCAUCACCAAAUGACAGUUGAUUUCUAUGAGUAGUAGACUUCAGUCAGUCAUUGGUUGUAAAUGAUUUGCAACCAAUUUUACAAAUUUUAAAUUGUCCUAUCUAAUUUUGGUCCCCUAAAAUUGGGGGACUAUGCAUGUGCUAUAAUUCCUACAUGGUUUGUCUGAUGUAGGUGUAAGCACCUUCAAAGUAAAGAUUAAAGUCAGCACUUAAACCUGAAAGUCUAAUGUGCCAAAACAACAAAAUUGUCUUACUGUCCAAAUACUAACAGGCUGCACUUGUAUAUGUUUGCACAUUAAUGCAUGUCAGAUUCUGAAUCUGCAAUAAUGCAGUUGCUGCAUUUUAACAGAUGUUCCUACUCAACAUAACUGGAUGCUGGAGAGUAAUCAAAUGAAAACUUAAGAAGAAGAAAGUAGUGCCUCUCUCUUUCUCCCUUUCUCCCUACAUCAGCCCUAUCAAUGUUUAACACCCCAUCUGUGUAAGAGACAAGAAUAGAAUCCAUUCCUUGCUUCCACUUUUGAGGAAACAGGCCAAGACAUGAUAUUACUCCUAUACAGAGGAAGGCUCUUGUCCAAUGAGUGUAUACCAGUUAUGUACAACUUAAAAACUAACAGUGGUAUUCUGAAAGAUGUGAGAGACUAAAAGUUCAAUGAGGACCGUUAAGGCAGGCUGUUGUCCUCUCAGCCCCAGAGAGAUGUUGUAGCACUGUCUUUGGUCUUGAAUUAUACCAGCCCUUCACAGUCUGAUGGACUGGCUCCCUCUUACAGCCUCCCUCUUAACUUUGCUGUAAUUCCACUCCCUUGUGUUUCCAUGGCAAUGCCUGUCAGAGCAAACAAAGAAACAUUGAAUUUGGGAGGCAAAUCAAUGUUUGUGUCUACGCAGCAAAGACUAGAUGUAACGGGGACAAACUAGAAUGUACAACAGCUGCCAUGUUAGAACUCCCUUGUCAUGCUAUUUGCCUUAAUAAAGUCUGAACAUUAACAUA